CAGGUAUUACACAGGGGAGGUUUUUCCUGAUGCAACGGGCAAGUCAACCACAGGCCGCUCCCAAACCCGCUCCCAAACCCGCUCCCGAAGCCACUCCAAAAGCCACUCCAAAAAGGACCCAAUCAGCGCUGAUGAAAGCUUUGAUGGAGUUAUGGGACGACGUAGUCCGCCCGGUGGUAGACAAUCUGGGCGGAUUUGCACCACUAGGUUCCCGGAUAUGGUGGUGCCCGACGGGUGCCUUCAAUUUCUUGCCGUUGCACGCUGCUGGCGCGUACAGACAAGGUGGACAGUUGCUUUCGAACCUCUAUAUCUCUUCAUACACGCCAUCGCUGACCGCGCUGAUCAGGGCUCGCAAAAGCCAUGACAAGUCCCUGUCAGUGCCUUUUGCUGCCAUCGGUCAGAAUCACCCAGCUGGUCAUUCAUUCACUUUGGAUUGUGUGGAGCCUGAGCUAGAAUUGGUGCGGAGUCUUUUGCCCCCUCCCCCGACUGUUGCCUUCACCAAGAUAACGAGCGAUGACGCAACAAAAUCGAGAGCAUUGCGUGCUUUGCGAGACAAUACUUGGCUCCAUUUUUCACGUCACGGGACACAGAACUUUGACGAACCCUUCAAGUCAGCCUUUCUUAUGCGCGACCAACCGCUUUCACUCCUCGAUAUCGCACAAACGGAUCUCUCCAAGCAUGAAUUUACCUUUCUUUCUGCCUGUGAAACCGCAGUUGGGGAUGCCAAUACUCCUGACGAAGUCAUACACCUGGCGGCUAGCCUACAAUUCGCUGGAGUACAGAGUGUAGUUGGGACAUUAUGGGAGGUAAAUGAUAGUACGGUGCAGCGCUUAGUCAAGGCAUUCUACAAGAACUUGUGUGGGGAUGGCAAAAUGAAUUCCAAGCGGGCUGCCCGAGCGCUGCACCAGGCGGUCCAGUCGUUGGCCGGUGACGAGGAUAUGCCCUUGGACCAACGCAUAGUGUUCAUGCAUAUUGGUAUAUGAUCAAUUUCCAUCCAGCCGUGGCUGCCCGUAGCAUGUUGCCAACAACAUGAUUUUUUUUCUUCUUUCGCUAUUUCAGACUUUUGGAUUGUAU